AUGGCUGCCAAGUUGGGUUCGUUUAGGUACUCUCUGCUAGAGAAAAGGGAGAGAACAAAGGGGUAUCCAGUGUUGGGAUUCACCUACGAAGAAGGAGAAGAAGAGCAAGGGCAAGGAUGGAGAUGCUUUUCUUACCGAUUUAUAAGCGACAAAAUAACUGGGUUCUGGAAAGAUGUUCAAGAUGUUGCAGGCGAGGCAUGGCAGAUGGGGAAAUCGGACCCCAGAAAGAUUAUUUUCUCAGCCAAGAUGGGUCUUGCCUUAAUGCUUAUUUCGUUUCUUAUUUUCUUAAAAGAACCCUUCAAGGAGCUUAGCCAGUACUCUGUUUGGGCUAUUCUCACUGUCGUCGUCGUCUUUGAAUUCAGUAUAGGAGCAACUCUUAGCAAAGGAUUUAACCGUGGGCUGGGGACAUUAUCGGCAGGAGGGCUUGCUCUGGGUAUGGCAGAAUUGUCAGAGUUGGCUGGAGAGUGGGAAGAAGUUGUUAUAGUUAUUAGCAUCUUUAUCAUAGGAUUCUUUGCAACUUAUGCAAAACUAUACCCAACAAUGAAGCCUUACGAGUAUGGAUUUCGAGUGUUCUUGUUGACAUAUUGUUUCAUAACAGUUUCUGGGUAUAGGACAGGGGAUUUCUUGCAUACAGCUGUGACACGAUUUUUGCUAAUAGCACUUGGUGCCAGUGUUUGUUUGGUUGUUAAUAUAUGCAUUUACCCCAUCUGGGCUGGUGAGGAUCUACACAAUGUGGUGGCAAAAAACUUUAUGAGUGUGGCAACUUCUUUAGAAGGAUGUGUUAAAGGUUACCUUAACUGUGUUGAAUAUGAAAGAGUCCCUUCCAAAAUUCUAACUUAUCAAGCAUCAGAUGACCCAGUUUACAAUGGCUACAGAUCAGCUGUACAAUCUUCCAGUCAGGAGGAAGCUCUGAUGGGUUUUGCCAUCUGGGAGCCACCUCAUGGUCGUUAUAGGUCAUUUGGUUAUCCAUGGAAGAAUUAUGCCAAAGUAAGUGGAGCACUGAGGCAUUGUGCAUUCAUGGUCAUGGCAUUGCAUGGCUGUAUACUUUCAGAAAUACAGGCUCCACCUGAACGGAGACAAGUCUUUCGUCUUGAACUUCAGAGGGUAGGUGCUGAAGGUGCUAGAGUGUUGCGUGAGCUAGGGAACAAAGUUAAAAUGAUGGAGAAAUUAGGUCCUAUUGACAUACUAUAUGAAGUACAUGACGCUGCAGAAGAGUUGCAAAACAAAGUUGACCGAAAAUCAUACCUUCUUGUCAAUGCUGAGAGUUGGGAAAUUGGAAAUCGACCAGAGAGUCCGGCAGAGCCUCAAGAUUUACUGAACUUGGAUAGUGAAGAACACAAAGUCCUGGGUUAUAAGUCCCUCAGUGAAGCAGUACUUGAUCUCAGAUCAGUUACUAUACCAAAUAAUUGGGAUGGCCAGAAGACCCAUGUGGGUGUCAACCCCACUGUGCCUCCAGGUGCAUCAUCAUCUGAAGACUUAUUUAAGAAACAGAUAUCAAUGCCUGCACGCACUUCAUUCAUUGCUGAUACAGUGCCAUUGGAAGAGUCAAAAACAUAUGAGAAUGCAAGUGCAUUGUCAUUGGCAACAUUUACUUCACUUUUGAUUGAAUUUGUUGCAAGGCUGCAAAAUGUUGUCGAUGCAUUUGAAGAGUUGAGUGAGAAAGCAAACUUUAAGGAACCUGAUGAGCUACCAGCAGCUGCAAGACAGCCCAUUGGCCUUUGUUCCAGAUUGUUUAGAUGUCUGAAGUUUUAG